CACCAACGCCAAGCAGUUGCUUCCAAAACCAACCUCCCCGAUCCCUCAUUUCCAUCAGGCUAAAUCUCUCUCUCUCUCUCUCUCUCGCUCACAUUUCUCCUAACUCAAACGCUGCGUGAUCUGAUCCCUUCUGUUCUUAAUCCUGUGAUCAAGCAGAAGUUCGAAUCGAGAAAAUGGCGAUCAAGGUGUCGAAGACGGAGAAGAAGGUGCAGUACGACAAGAAGCUGUGCCGGCUGCUGGACGAGUACUCGCAGAUCCUGAUCGUGGAGGCCGACAACGUCGGGUCGAAGCAGCUCCAGGACAUCCGAAAGGGGCUGCGCGGCGACUCCGUCGUGCUCAUGGGGAAGAACACCAUGAUGAAGCGAUCCAUCCGCCUCCACGCCGAGGCCACGGGAAACGAUAGCUUCUCCAAGCUCGUCCCUCUCCUCGUGGGGAACGUGGGAUUGAUUUUCACCAAGGGUGACCUCAAGGAGGUUAAAGAGGAGAUCGCCAAAUACAAGGUGGGAGCUCCUGCUCGUGUGGGUCUGAUCGCCCCAAUCGACGUCACUGUCCCUCCAGGCAACACCGGGCUCGACCCCUCUCAGACUUCCUUCUUUCAGGUGCUGAACAUCCCGACCAAGAUCAACAAGGGCACGGUGGAGAUAACGAUGUCGGUGGAGCUGAUCAAGAAGGGCGAGAAGGUGGGAUCGUCCGAAUCCGCGCUUCUCUCGAAGCUCGGCAUUCGUCCUUUUUCCUACGGCCUCAUCGUCACCUCCGUCUACGACGACGGCAGCGUCUUCAGCCCCGAGGUGCUCGACCUCACCGAAGACGACGUCGCUCUGAAGUUCGCGUCCGGGGUCACCAACCUCACUUCGCUCUCGCUGGCCGUCUCGUACCCGAGUCUCGCCGCCGCGCCGGCCAUGUUCGCUGCUUCGUACAGGAACGUGCUCUCCGUUGCCGUCGAAACCGAGUACAGCUUCCCCCAGGCCGAGGACGUCAAGGAGUACUUGAAGGAUCCAAGCAAGUUUGCAGCUGCAAUGGCGGCGCCGGCUGCAACGGCAGCUCCAGGCGGAGGAGCUGCCGCCGGUGGAGGGGGAGCUAAGGAGGAGAAGAAGCCUGAACCAGAAGAGGAUUCGGAAGAUGACGAUGUGGGCAUGGGUGGCCUUUUUGAUUAAGCUGCAUGGUGGUAACCAUUUUGCUUUGGUAGUUUAAUUUGGGAAUUUGCUAGCUCGUAGC